UAGAUGAUCAUCAAUGGCGUCUGUGGUCAAGUUCGAGACGACGGCGGGUCUUUUAUUUAUUGAUUGAUUUAUAAACUUCAAUAAGAAUCAAAUUUUGACACUCUAAUCUGUACCUAUAUUUAUUUUUAUUUGAAAAAUCAUGUAAUUCAAAAUUUGUUUAUUUUAUAAUUUAACCUAAAAUUUAGUUUUGCGUAUUUUUGUGAAAUGAAUUGCGAGCGGGAGUCGUGCAGAUGCUUGCAAAUGGCGCGUAAUUUUCAGAAUGCGACAAUGAGAAAGGGGUAGAAGAUUCCCAAUUACAUCAAUCUCCUCAACUUUUCACCGUUACAUUGCAUCAUUAUCUCGGCCAUUUUUUCUUCUCCAAUGCGCGGCUUUCAUUUUCCUCUACUUUCACAACGUUAGGGGUUUUCGACUUCUAAGAUCGGCGUUUUGAUGCGAAAGGUUUUGAAGGAAGGAAGCAGAUAAGUUGAGGAAUCUAGAAAUCACGAGAAGACAAAUUUUGUCGGUAGAGCUUCUCCAAAUGGAGCCUAGACAGUGUAGAGUUAGUGUUCUUGAAGCAUUGAUGGGCUUUGAUGAGCAGCAAUCUUACAACCAUGCUCCAAGGCAUUCUAGAGUCCUUUCUGAUGGUUAUUUACAAAGGGUUGCUUCGGUUCAAAUCCCGAAGAAGAAGAAAUCGUCCUCGAGAUCUCAUUCAUUUAGGAUGACAGCAGAAGAGCCAACAGAACGCGUUAAUUCUCUCGAAGUAGAAAAUAAGUUUAAUUGCUGGGAUGAGUUAUGGGAACAGGAGAAGGCAGCAUAUAUGCCACUUACAAGACAUAACGUCAUGAAUGAAGAACUCUUUUCGAUAAAUAAGGCGAUAAAGACUUCGAACGGCGUUCAAGAUUUACCAGAGAUUAUAGAUUCUAUGGACAUCUCAACAAGACCUACCAGAGAAAAGAGUUAUGUAUUCAACCAGACUGAAAAUGGGCCGAGUGUGCCGAAGUCUUAUAACGGCACGAGAUUGAAGGACAGGAAACAAGGACGGUCGCACUCGGGAGGUAAACUAUGCUUUUCUUCCUCUUCAGCAACUACUUUGAAAGGUUCACAUUUAGUUAAUGAUAAAUGCAAAGAUCAUCAUGAUUCUCGGAACGAAAAGCAUAUUGCUAAAGAAGAAAAGAACGGUUUCCUGAAGCAUGUUUGUUCGAAUAAGGAACAUUUGCAUUCUGGUAGUCCCUUGUGCUUGAGCUUGAAUGAUAAAAGACUAGAUCAACUCAGUAAAAUCUCCCACAGAUUGAGAUUUGGUUCUGCUUCGACCGAGACUGCAAGAUCUAGAACCAGGUGUCGAUACGAGGCCCUUCGAAAUACAUGGUUCUUAAAGCCUGAAGGUCUCGGUUCUUGGCUACGAUGCAGUCCAUCGAGUAGAUGUUCCAAUAAAAAGAAUGCUUCAGAACCCUCCUUGAAAUUAAGCUCUGAGGAGUUGAGGAUUCUUCCUUGCCCUGAUUCAACAAGUGAUCAUGUUGACAAUGAUGGCUGUAUGAAUGGUGAUGAUCAGAAGACCAUAGUUGAGAAGAACAAUCUUUGUGAUUAUCAAGAAGGUUUGGAGGAGGCUUAUCAACCUAGCCCAGUUUCAGUCCUUGAACCACUUUUUCGAGAAGAAACGUUUUCCCGUUCGGAAUCCUUGGGCGUUAACGGUAGAGAUUUGAUGAAGCAGCUUGAACUUCUGACGUCGGACUCCUCCGAGACUAACUCAGAAGGGUAUGAUUUGUUCGUAUCAAGUGACGAUGAUGACGGUGGACAAGGAUCUAUAUGCAGUUCUGAUGAAAUUGAUAACAUAACAAGCACGUUCAAAUUCAAAGAUAGUAGGGAAUUUUCAUACCUUGUCGAUGUCUUAAGCGAGGCAGGCUUCAACCUGGAGAAGGGUUAUGUUUCGUGGCACAGUGAGGAACGUCACGUGAUUAGCCCCUCGGUGUUCGAGACAUUAGAGAAGAAGUUUGGGGAACAAAUUUCUUGGAGGAGGUCAGAAAGAGAGCUUCUUUUUGACAGAAUAAAUUCUGGGUUAGUAGAACUGUUUGAGUCAUUUGUUGGUGUGCCAGAAUGGGCAAAGCCUGUAUCGAGAAGGUUUCGGUUUCGAUCGCUGCUUAGCGACGAAACGAUCGAGGAGGAAGUAUGGAUCGUGCUGGAUAGGCAAGAAAGGGAAGUGAAGAAGGAUUUAGUAGAUGAAGAGUUUGGGAAGGAGAUUGGAUGGAUGGAUCUUGGAGGUGAGACUGAUAGUAUAUGUAGAGAAUUAGAGAGAUUCUUGGUGAAUGAGCUUGUUGCAGAGUUUGGUAGCAUUUAAAUACUUUGAAUGCUAUUAUGAUAUAAUAUAUAAACAUUAGCAUAUAAAAACAGAGAGAUUUGAUUUUUUUUUUUUUUUUCCUUCACAUAUAUUUGUGCAUAGGGAACAGUUUUGAUCCAGUUGAAGUGUUUGAAGAGGAUGUAUUCUUUUUAUUCAUGAGUGACAGAUUUAUAUUAUUAUUUUUA